GUUUAACAGUGUAAAUUAAGAAGAAGAUGAUGUAGCAGUAUAAGUAACAGUUUGGAGAAGAGCAUGGUCAGCUGAAGGUCAGCAGCAGGGCUUCUGAUUUUCUGACUGGACAAAGUAUUUUGAUCCUUUGCAUACACAUGAGGAUGAUAUUUUUGUGAGCACAAAUGCAUCUCUUAGAGUCAACAUGAUGCAGCUUGACAGUAACUAUGACAGUUACUAUGACAAGAAUCUCUCUUGUAAGGUGGAAGAGCUGCCUUACCAGGGCACUGAACGAGCAUUGUUUAUUCUGCCUGAUGAUGGAAAGACGAAGCAAGUGGAAGAUGCUCUGUCCAAGGAAACUGUUCGCAAAUGGGAUAACAAACUCGUGACCAGGAGAUUAGAUCUGCAGUUACCAAAGAUUUCUGUUAGUGGGUCUUAUGAUCUUAAAAAGCUGUUCAAGGAAAUGGGCAUUACUGAAGUGUUCUCUGGUAAUGCUGAUCUGUCUGGAAUUAGUAGCAGCCAUAAUCUCCAGGUUUCAGAAGCAGUUCACAAGGCCCUGCUGGAAGUUGAUGAGGCUGGAACUGAGGCUGCAGGAGCAACAGCUGUAAUCCUUACCAGAGUUCUCCAUCCUUCUGUUACCAUCAAAUUCAACAGGCCCUUCUUUACCUUGAUUUCUGACAAAGAAACCCAUACCACACUUUUCCUGGGGAAAAUUGUUGAUCUUACUAAGAAGUGAUUGCUGAAUUAUUUGUCAUACUGCAAUGGCUACAGGGUUUGCACAAGCAGGCUAGUUAGUGCUACUAACUACUCUCUGACUAAGGGAUAUUCAGAAGUAAAUGAGGAAUUCCCUUAUCCCUUAUAUUUUCCUUAUAAAUGAAUAAGGAAAAAGAAUGUGACAAAAAAAAACAACUGGCAGUUUUUAAAUGUAACAUUUUCCCUAA